AGGUCAUCGACUACCAUUACUAUCAAGUUCACGGUCGUCGCAGAACCGUCUGGAAACCCAUCAGUGAUUGAUGAAAACACCAUGAAUAGCAUUUUCGUCAUUUUCGUACUUUGUGUUCCGUGUGUUUUGUCCGCCCGUUACGUGCCCAAAUGGAAGAAACAGGCUUGCGAAUUACCCACUUCGCAAAAUGAGCAUUCGCAUUACGUGUGUGAUGACGACGGAGAAGUGAAAUGUUUGCCAGGAUGGACCGGGGAUUUGUGCGACGUGCCUAAAUGUCGCCCUGGAUGUGACCCUCUACAAGGAUACUGUAAUAGACCAGGAGAAUGUUUGUGCAAGUUGGGGUAUUUUGGUGAAAAGUGCAAUAAAUGUAUACCGUUACCGGGGUGUCAGCACGGCUACUGCAACGUGAGCUUUGAAUGCAUCUGCCACGAGGGGUGGGAUGGGAUAUUUUGUUCCGAACCAAUAUGUCGUUUGGACUGCCAUUCAACUCGUGGUUACUGCGAUAGUCCUGGGGAAUGCAGAUGUCGCUUAGGUUGGGCGGGACGAAACUGCAAGGACUGCCAAGUCCUGCCAGGAUGUCAGCACGGCUACUGCGACAAGCCUUUAGAAUGCAAAUGUUUACCAGGAUACACCGGCAUAUUGUGUCAGACCCCAAUUUGUUCGAAAACGUGUCACAAGGAGCGAGGCUACUGCAGAAAACCCGGCGAAUGUCGAUGCAAAGUGGGUUGGUGGGGUAGUAAUUGUGAGAAAUGUUAUCCUUACCCAGGCUGUGUGAAUGGCAAUUGCACGAGACCUUGGGAGUGUAAUUGCAUGAAGGGUUGGGGUGGAAUGCUCUGCGAUGAAGAAUUGAAUUAUUGUGAAACUAAUCCUGAUACGUGUAAAAAUGGGGCAAAAUGCAUUUCGCUCACGAAGGAUGAUGGCAAUUAUAAGUGUUUGUGUCGGGAAGGAACGUGGGGGAGAAAUUGCGAACAAUCUGAAUUUUCAACUACCGUUAAGAUACCCACAACUACUCCCGCUUUACAAGCUGCAGGAUUUAAUAAGACUAAGCAAAAAACCGAACCGCUGUUGGUAGAUAAUGAGACCUAACGAGAAACUUGAUACGGUUUUGUUACGUUUAAUAAAUCAAAUUUGUAGUAACGACUUGUACUCUGAGGCCAUAGUUUUCUCAAUAUUUAUUUAUUUAUUCACUAAUUUAUUUGUAUUUAUUAUUGUUUUUAUUGCAAAUUUGUUAAUACUUUUAUCUGUAAUAAAAACAUGAAAAGAA